AUGGCAAAACGCGCACGCAUCCAAAAGCGAAAAGCCAGCAAGGUGCCGAAGUUCCAGUCUCGUGCCACGACUGGUGAUGCUGCAACAAGGGUCUUCGGUGUUCCCGAGCUUCCGGAGCACAUCUUGUUGUUCGCCGUCGCCGAACAGGUGCUCAACUAUGAGAAGGACGAUCUUACCAAGCUCAAGUUCCCUCUAAUGCCAGGAUCAGCUCGGGAAUCCCGUGGUGGCGUUUGUCUCUUCCAGUUGCAGCGAGUCAACAAGUCCUUUUACGGCGGCAUUGUAGGCUCCCCAAAGCUCAUGCGCCUUAUCCUUCUCGCUCCUACCAGCAAUGAGGAGCUGGAGAGAGUUGCAAGAGCUAAGAACAACCUAAUGCCGUUCCACACGCCUUUUCUAUGGAUCCUCGAGAUGCUAGAAUUGAAUGCCGGAGAACGACUGCUGAAGUACAACAUCACAAGCCCGAGCUACGUUCACAAGCACUCGAAGACCCGUGAGACGAUACUGGACAUCAAAUUCCAUAAUCAACCUCCUGAAACCAGCGCCUAUAAGCGAGCGAUUCCGCAUGCCACGAGCCCCUGGAACUAUCCUGAAGCAAGUUGGAGGAAGAUCAAGAUUUGCAACGCGAAAGUGCCUUUGCCGUUCAUGCCCGGAAUCAUGACACAGUUUGUGCAACAGGAUCAUAUGAAGGACAUCGGCUUCGUGACGGUGGGAUGGAGGUUCCGCGAAAGCGAUACCUUGGGUUACGCUUACGAUCUCAUCCGUUGGUUCUUCAAUCAUAUGGCUACCCGGUUUGAAGCGAUUCGACAAGUGUACCAAAAGGCGGGGGAACAGGAGGUGAUUGCGAAGAAGGAGUGGUGGUCUAAGAAGCAGAUACAGCUGAAGAGCAAACGAAAGCAUGUGGCAGAUCAUUAUUUUGAUGAUUCGAACGCGGGCCAAGAUUUCCGUUCCCAGCGUAGCAAAGCAGCCGAGGCAGCGCUAGAGGAUUUGGAUGCUGAACUUGUGGAGUGGAAAAACAAGGUCAGAAGCGAGCAGGCUGUGCGGAAGGUACGAAAGAUUAAUGGAAAGUAA